GACUUAAUGAUUUACUCGUAAGUUCUGCUCAGUUUGAAAUGACGUCGCUCGCUCGAAGCAGUGUCAAGGGCAAAAGUGUAAUCGCCAAGGAAAAGAAAAGAAGUUCCUGGAAACGGUGCGCGAGCUGGGACGCGGCGGCUCAAACCGCGGAGAUUCCUCCGAGGCUCGACUUCUCCGCUCGGUGCGCACUGAUCUCAAACUCGGGAGUGAAAACGCGACAGCUGAUCACCAUACCUAGAUUACUCCGAGUCACAGCCCCGCGGACUUGAGGAGCCACUCAUCCUGUCAUGUCACCUAGAGGAAAGUGUCUGCGACAGCAACAGUAGGUUUAAGCCUUGGACUACAAAUUUCUGUAUGAAUUAAACUUUGCAAAGCGCAACUACUUUGAUCACCCUCCUUGACACCACUUCUGGGGAGUCUGCGUCAGCCAUGAGUGGGAAAGGUUGUCAGCUCCUGUCUCCUUGCAGCAUGCCCCCGUCACUGAGCAUAAUGAGAGGGCACCAGCCCCAGUCUAUCAGGAUGUCUUCCCCGCAACGGACCAACUUUAGUCCUUCCUCAGGGAGAAUGGAGAAGGUAAAAAGAGGGGCCGUGCGUUCCUUAACCUCCGGGAAACAGAGCGGAAGUCACGUUGUCCUGCCAAACCUGAACCUCCGCCGACAGGUGUUGAUUAAUGGAAAACAUCAGACUUCACCGACUGCAUCCCCACACCAGCAACCGCCUGCUUAUCACCCUCAGAAUCCAACGGGGGCGACUGCCGCACAGACAAGACUCUGCUCUUCUAAUAAAAGCUUCAAAGAUUGCUCUGUGCCUGGGCUGCCCAUGGAUGUAUUUGGUCAGGCAGCUGCUGUUAAUCUAAAAGUGACCAGUAAUCCCGUGAGCUUUGUCACAUGUCAGCCAUACACCACAGGACCUUCAGCGGCUCAUCCUCCAUCACAGUCUUACAGCGUGCCCAUUCCGCACACCGAUGCCAGAUCCUUACUUUCCAGAGAAUCCCUGGCAUCCACUACCCUCAGUCUGUUUGAAACGCAGUCAAUGUUUAGUGGCAGACACGAGUGGCCAUAUGGUUACCGUGUGCUUCCUCCCCUGGGACUACCUCAGUGCUCUGCCCAGGCCAGCGAGGGUGGUGAACAGAUCAGCAUUUCCCCUGGCACGGCCAUGUCGGGCACGACCAUAUCAGGCGGCACGAGCACCUCCGCCUCCCUGCCCUCGUACCUCUUUGCAGGGGAGGCCGGAAGCCCGAGACAGUCUCGCGCUAAGAAGAGGGCCCUCUCCAUGUCGCCUCUGUCGGACGUCAUGGGCACUGACUUCAACUCCAUCAUACGCACCUCGCCUACCUCACUCGUGGCGUAUAUCAAUGGCUCCCGCAGCUCUCCGGCCUCCCACGCCACGCUCUCGCCUGUUCAGUCGGACAGUUACGGUCACUUGCUGGGGGUGCGAGGCCGCUGCAUCCCCCAGACCCACCCCAGCAACGCGCCAGGUCCUUCACAGGCUCUGGCCCCACAAUCGGAGUGUGACCGUAUGCAGAUGCUUGAAGAGGGAGGGGGUCUUGAGGGCCAGAUGGCUAACAUGGUGGUGGAGCAGCAGUGCCUCCCAGAUGAAGGAGGGUCGCCGGAAAAAAAUUCACACAGGCACAGCCAAACAACCAACAAUACGCUUCCACGCCUACAAUUAGAGCCAGCUCUGCUGACCACAGUCCAAGAAGCUGCCAUUCCACAGGGGCCUCCGCCACCCUACCACUCACACCAGCACACCCACAUCUCCAGGCAUCAUAGCAAAAUAAAGACCCCUUCUAACGACCCCGCCACAAAAGCUCUCAUGGUUCCUCCCAGGCACGGGGUCAGCUUUUUACCCCAAAUCCCAAUGCUGGAGGAAGAAGAAGGAGAGUUUGAGGACUAUGGGACCCACUGCUGCAGGUGGUUGGACUGCAGUGCAGUCUAUGACCAAAAGGAGGAGCUGGUAAGGCACAUAGAAAAGCUACAUGUGGACCAACGGAAAGCCGAGGAUUUUACUUGUUACUGGAUGGGCUGUCCGCGCAACUUCAAGCCCUUCAACGCCCGAUACAAGCUUCUCAUCCACAUGAGGGUCCAUUCGGGAGAGAAACCCAACAAGUGUUCGUUCGAGGGCUGCAAGAAGGCUUUCUCCCGGCUGGAGAAUCUAAAGAUCCACCUGCGCAGCCACACGGGGGAGAAGCCCUAUCUCUGUCAGCACCCGGGAUGCCACAAGGCCUUCAGCAACUCCAGUGACAGAGCUAAGCACCAGCGCACACACCUGGACACUAAGCCGUACGCGUGCCAGGUGCCCGGCUGUGCAAAGCGCUACACCGAUCCCAGCUCGUUGAGGAAACACAUGAAGUCCCACUCAACUAAAGAGCGACAGUUGCGGAAGAAGAUUAAGUCCGCGGCUGAUGUGACCCAAGAGACGCUCACAGACUGUUUGACCAUCCACCCUCUGCAGCCGAGUCUUUCUCCUCUGGCAAGGCUAGACAACAACUUGAUCCCGUCCCCUGGUGCUUCCCAUGACUCAUACUCCGCUGCUCCACAGGGACAAGACUCCUACAGCGGUCCUCACCUGGCUCUGUUGUUCUCCUUACAGGAAAAUUGCAGGGUUGUUGAUCCUUCCCCUCACCAGCUCUUCCCGGGGGACCAGUGUGGGCCUUGCUCCUCCACCUGCCUCCCGCGUCCUCCCAAUGGGACAUCCCUGCAGAACAACUGUGAUCUGAAGCAGCCUCUUGAUUUGGUUGAUCACAGCCCAGGUUUUGGCGUCCACGUUCAAGCCGAGCACGCGGCUGCUAAUCAAGAACUGCACGGAGGAGAUUUCUUCAACGUGGUGGACCACUGUACGAGCCAGGUCUCCUGCAUCUACACGGAGGGAUGAUGAUGAUGCUCUCCCCUCGUGGGCGUCUUUCUUUGCACUAUUUUGCCUCCCCGUUCCAUUUCGUAAAUCAAAUGUUUAACAAGAAGAACACAUAUGGCCCCGCGACCUGAUAGCAGCUUUGUUUAACAAAAUAAAAGGGUAUUAGGCUGCAGAAAAAUCUACUACUCCCUGGGCUGAAACGAAUAAAAUUGAGGAACUGACUCUUAAACCCUUCAACUAAAUCUCUGUUAAUGUGCUAUCUGACUCGACACCGUGGCUUCUGUCCCUAUAAUCAAUGUACAGUAAUGACUGCGCCAGCAGGAUUUUCCAUGUUUACUUCCUCAGUUUUUUUAUACAGAUUGUGUGUAGCAUGUUUUAAGUACUUCAAGUAGUUUCUGGUGGUUUUGCACAAUAUUCAUCACUGCAAUCAAUAUGCAAGGGAUCAUUUAUUAAGGUUUUUCUUAGAACCAUGGCUUUGUAACUAUAGUAACAAGACAGCCUUACCAUUUCACUGUAAUGUCCAUACGCAUAACCUGUUGUUUGACUAUAGUAAUGUGUCGAGUGCUCCUGUGCUUUAAUCAUGUGGUGUGUUAAUGUUUUUUUUUUUAUACUGCUAAUUAACUACACUACACAACAUAGUUGCAUCUUUCUAAAAAUAUAGUACGACCCUGUACAUUUGUGAACCUCGUUUCCUUUUCAGUGCGUCUUACUCAGUGAGAAAAUGAACUUCUAAAUGUG